UGUUCUUAGCUUUACUCCUCCCCAUCUCACAGGUAUCCUUCCGACUUCCCGUAAAUAGUUCCUGGCGUGUCUCCUCCCCCUUACCUAUUGCUACCCCCGCAGCGCGGUUGACCCUCACAUUUGCUUAGUACAGACGUUACUUGUUUUUACGGUUGGAUUAAGUCGUGGAUGGUGUCGCGAAGAUCGCAGAUACGGUGUUGGCGGAUAUAGUAACGGCAGUUGCCUGUAUUCUUCCGCGGGCCUGUUCGCCUCAGACUGUUUUGGUCUUGCUUGCCUGUGGCAACCGUGGAGACUUUCCCCGCUCUGAUCUCUCCCACCAGGCGCGGCCCCCAGCCACACUCCCCGGCGUCACGUCGCCGCUAGGCCCGCGCUCUGAUUUCUGCGAGGAUUUUUUUUUUUUUACCACGUUCGUGGCAGAUUUUUAGCCCGGAGGAGGAGAAGCCGCCGAUUCCCCUUUCCCUCGGUUCGUCAGCUGCUGUGAGUCCCGGUUGUUUAUGGGACCGUCAUGUCAAUGAAGCAGACCGGUAAUACCAGGAAGCCCGGCGGGGCCAGCGUGCCGGCGCCCGGAGGAGGAGGCAGGCAGAACAUGGGCAGAGGGCGUAGCAGUGGAAAAGGACCUCCUCAGUCUAUUUCUUUUGAUGGAAUCUAUGCAAACAUGAGAAUGGUCCACAUUCUUACUUCAGUUGUUGGUUCAAAAUGUGAAGUAAAUGUGAAAAAUGGUAGUGUUUAUGAAGGCGUUUUUAAAACCUAUAGUCCUAAGUGUGACUUAGUGCUUGAUGCAGCUCAUAAGAAAAAUAAAGACUCUACUGGGGGGCCAAAGCGUGAAGACAUUGUGGAUAGUAUAUUAUUCAAGUCUUCCGAUUUUGUUGUGGCGCAAUUUAAAGACAUGGAUGUCAAUUAUGCAAAAAGAGAUGGAUUCACUGACUCUGGUAUAUCGUCUAAAGUGAACGGUGAGCACAAGGAGAAAGACCUGGAACCAUGGGAUGGGGGCGAAUGCAUCGUUAGUAGCAGCUUAUCUACUAACAGCGAGGAGCUAGAGUCGUUAGAUACAGAUGUAUCUAAUGGUUGGGAUCCCAAUGAAAUGUUUCGCUACAAUGAAGAAAAUUAUGGUGUUGUAUCAACCUAUGACAGUAGCCUUUCCUCUUAUACUGUACCAUUGGAAAGGGACAAUUCUGAAGAGUAUUUAAAGAGGGAAGCUAGAGCUGCUCAAAUAGCUGAAGAGAUUGAGUCCAGCUCUCAAUAUAAAGCCCGUGUUGCCUUGGAAAAUGAUGACCGAUCUGAGGAGGAAAAGUACACCGCAGUACAACGGAAUAUGUGUGAUAGAGAAGGACAUUCUGUGGCUAGUAGAGAAAAUAAGUAUGUUCCACCUGGACAGAGAAGUAAAGAUGGCAUGUCAUGGAGUAGCCACAGUGCAAGACAAAAUUCCCCAAGAAUGGGCCAAUCUGGAUCGGGGCCUAUACCCUCAAGAACUGGAUCCCAUUCUUCAGAGUUCAGUCCUAAUUCUGGAUCUGACCAAAGAGUAGUUAAUGGAGGUGUUCCCUGGCCAUCGCCUUGUCCAUCUCCUUCUUCCCGCCCACCUUCUCGCUACCAGUCAGGUCCCAACUCUCUUCCACCUCGGGCAGCCACCCCUACAAGGCCGCCCUCCAGGCCCCCUUCGCGGCCAUCAAGGCCCCCGUCUCACCCCACUGCUCAUGGUUCUCCAGCUCCUGUCUCUACUAUGCCUAAACGCAUGUCUUCAGAAGGACCUCCAAGGAUGUCACCCAAAGCACAGCGGCAUCCCCGUACUCAUAGAGUUUCUAAUGGUAGGAGCACGAUAUGUGGAGGUCUGGAGUUUGUUUCUCGCAAUGAACCUGGGGAACCUGCUCCACCAACUCGAAAUAACUCUUCAGGUGGCACUUGGUCAUCUGUUGUGAGUGGGGUACAAAGACUUUCCCCCAAGACCCACAGGCCCCGCUCUCCAAGACAGAAUGCCAUGGGAAGUGGAGCCCCAGGACAAGCUGUAAGCUCUCCUCAGUCUGGGUCUAAUGCACCAGAGUCUGUUAGCAUGCCUGUGCCCACUGGAUCUCCAACACCUGCAACCCCAGCUUCCAAUAGAGCAGUUACCCCCUCAUGUGAAGCCAAGGACUCAAGAUUACAAGAUCAGAGGCAAAAUUCUCCAGCUGGAAACAGAGAGUCUAUCAAACAAAAUGAAUCUUCUAGUUUUAGCAAAUCUGACAACAAAGUAGUAUCUCCCAUGGCUUCAGAGCAAAGAAAGCAACUUGAUGAUUUAAAGAAGUUUAAAAAUGACUUCAGGUUACAGUCUAGUUCUAGUCCUGAAGCCAUGGAUCAACUUCUCGCCAAAAACCGUGAUAACAUGGAGAAGCCCCGAGAGCUUUUGAAGGAAAAGUUUGAUUCAAACUCCAAGGAGUCAACCAGUGAAAGUGGUAGUAAUGCACCAACGAGCAAUAGUAGCAGUAAACCAAGCAGCCCUAGCAUCUCCCCAGUCAUUAGCAGUAGUGGUACUGAGCCGAAGAGAGGCCCAGAGGUUACAUCACAAGGUGUACAGACCUCAGGACCCGGCAAACAGGAUAGAGAGGACAAGGAAGACAAAAAGGAAAAUGCUACAGAUCAAGUACGGAAAUCUACUCUAAAUCCAAAUGCUAAGGAGUUCAACCCACGAUCAUAUGCUCAACCCAAGCCUUCUACAACACCAACCUCACCUCGACCACAAGCUCAGCCGAGUCCUUCAAUGGUGGGACAUCAGCAGCCAACCCCUGUAUAUACACAGCCAGUUUGUUUUGCACCAAAUAUGAUGUAUCCAGUUCCUGUCAGCCCUGGCGUCCAGCCAUUGUAUUCUAUUCCAAUGACAACAAUGGCAGUCAAUCAGCCCAAGACAUACAGAGCAGGUAAAGUACCAAAUAUGCCCCAGCAGCGGCAGGACCAGCAUCACCAGAACACAAUGAUGCACCCAGUGUCUGCAGCAGGACCUCCAAUAGUAGCUACUUCACCUGCCUAUUCUGCACAGUAUGUUACUUAUAACCCUCAGCAGUUUCCUAGCCAGCCUCUCAUGCAGCAUGUUCAGCACUAUCAGUCGCAGCAUCCACAUGUAUAUAGUCCUGUAAUACAAGGAAACUCCAGGAUGAUGGCUCCACCAACACAUGCACAGGCUGGCUUAGUAUCUUCAUCAGCUGCACAGUAUGGAACUCCUGAGCAAACACAUGCGAUGUAUGCAUUUCCUAAAAUCCCCAACAACAAGGAGAGUGCCCCUUCUUUCUACUUUGCCAUUUCUACUAGCUCAUUAGCACAGCAGUAUGCUCACCCUAAUGCUGCACUACAUCAACACCCCCCUCAUCCUCAGCCUUCAGCAACACCUACUGGACAACAACAGUCUCAGCAUGGAGGUAAUCAUCCAGCACCAAGCCCAGUUCAGCACCAUCAGCACCAGGCAGCCCAAGCCUUGCAUCUCGCUAACCAACAGCAACAGAGUGCCCUUUACCAUACUGGACUGGCUCCUACACCUCCCUCCAUGACCCCUGGCUCAAAUGCACAGUCCCCACAGAACAGCUUUCCUACUCAACAGGCUGUAUUCACAAUUCAUCCCUCGCAUGUCCAGCCUGCCUAUACCAACCCAACUCACAUGGCUCAUGUGCAGCAGGCUCAUGUACAGUCUGGAAUGGUUCCUUCUCACCCAACUGCUCAUCCCAUGAUGCUGAUGACUGCACAGCCACCAGGAGGUCCUCAAGGUGCUCUUGCACAGAGUGCUCUACAGCCCAUUCCUGUCUCUACAACUGCACACUUUCCCUAUAUGACGCAUCCUCCAGUGCAAGCACAUCACCAACAACAGCUGUGAUUCUGGAGCUUCUGUGAAAAGGCUGGAACCCUUUUUGUAGGCCAAAAAUCAUCCCCACAUCUGCUUCCCUACAGUGGAAGUACUGACAACUAGAAUUUCUCAUUUUUGUUUAAAAAAAAAUCAAAAAAAAUUAUCUUGAUUUCUGCUAACCUCCAAUUGGAAUGCUAACUGAUCAUCUUGCAGUGGGAAAGAUUCGGACUGAGUAGAGGCAUGUAGGAAAUUGCAGGCUGUUGAGUACACUGCAUUAAUCCUCCAAGCCCAACCUUUGCUUGCUGGUAACUGGAAGUUAUUUAUUUUUAAAGGCCCUUCUAAGUUAUGAACUCAUCAGCUAGCGAAGGAAAUAACACGAGUGAUUCUUGCUGCUUAUCUUCACCUUACAACAAAAAAAAUCAAGACUCUAAAAUCCCUUUUUAUGUCUAAACUUGAAACCGAUUCAGUAAGGAUUCUUCUCAUCAAACUGGUGACUUAUUAUUUAUGAAUCAGGUUUGAUGUGCCCGCUGUCUCGCAACAGCGGUGUAACUUUUAAGUUAAGGAAAAAACUUUUACUUUGUAGAUAAUAUAAAAUAAAAACUAAAAAAAAAAAAAAAUUAAAAAAGUUUUAAAAACGGACAA